GUCAGUCGACAUGUACCUCUGGCUGUACCAGUCGUUUCCCCGCCACCAACUGGGUCCCACUUUUCUGUACCCAAACUCGCGGUCCGUAGCCUGCUUCGUCAUUCGCCAAUUUUCGUCAAGUGUCAAACAUGGCUGACUCGUACGUGGUCGUUGGCUCCCUGCUAGCCAUGCUGGCCACCGCCGUGCUGUUCCUGCGCGAGCCCAAGCCCAAGAAGGACAAACUGGCCGAGGAAAUGCUGCGUAUCGGCCAGCAGAUGAAAAUGUACAAGGAAGCAGCCGAACCCGCGCCUUCCGUCCAAAAGCCCACCGUCGAGGAGAGUCCUGCCUACCCUGGCGGACGUGUAGCCAUCUUAUUCGGCUCUCAGACUGGCACUGCUGAGGGCUUUGCGGAGGUACUGAAGACAGAGGGACGUAAGGCUGGCUUCCAGACUCACGCAAUCGAUCUAGAGGACUACGACGCGGCCUCGAAGCUGAAAGACGAGAAGCUUGUCAUCUUGAUCAUGGCUACAUAUGGAGAAGGUGAUCCGACAGACAACGCAGUGGACUUUAUGGACUUUUUGAAGGAUAAGGCUGGCAAUCUGGGACCCAAAGCAUUCGAGGGUGUCCACUUUACCGUCUUUGGACUGGGAAACACCCAAUACGAGCACUAUAACGAGAUGGGCCGUAUGACGGACCGAUUAAUGGAGAAACAUGGCGCUGAGAGAAUGUUCCACUAUGGAGAGGGCGAUGAUGACGCCAGUUUGGACGAGGACUUUGACGACUGGAAGGAGCCGCUGUGGAAAGCUCUAAGGAAGCAGUUUAUCGCGGGAAACAUUGAAGAAGAUACCGAAGUUAAGCAGGACGAGCACAAGUUAACGUCUCCUGUGUACGAGUACGAAUUAGUGGAAAUCCGUCGUCCAGAAGUGGAAAAAGAGCCCGAAGAGGUGAAAAUGAAGGCGUCUACGAAGCAUUUCUUCACGGCCAAACAGGCUAAAGUUGUGGUUAACCGGGAGCUACGCUUGUCGACUGAAGGAGGCUCCACUGUGCACGUCGAACUGGAUCUCCGCGGCACUGGAGUGACCUACGAGACGGCUGAUAACCUCGCUGUACUACCUGAGAAUGAAACGACAGUCGUGGAGAGUCUGGCUACUCGCUUAGACUUGGAUUUGGACCAGUGGGUGUCUCUCAAGCCUGUGGCUGAAGAUCUCCACUGCGAGUUCCCUUUCCCGUCUCCAUGCACGAUUGGAGACAUUCUAACGCGUUAUUUGGCAAUUAACAGUGCUCCCCGUAAGGGUCCAUUGAAACAAUUGGCGUACUUUGCGUCCAACCAGACUGAACGUACUGAAUUAGUGCGUUUAUCGUCGAAAGAAGGUAAAGACGACUACCAAAAGUGGGUACUGGAGGACGAACGCUCGUUUGUGGAUGUGUUAACCCACUUCCGUUCGGUUAACUUAACGGUUAAGGAUCUGCUCCAUAUCGUCCCGUUCUUACAGCCACGGUACUACACCAUCUCGUCGUCCAGUCUGGUUAACCCGCAGCGUGUACAUGCGACUGUGAGUCUCAUUGAGAGCAAGAAGAGUGAUGGUCGUGUGUUCCGUGGUGUAUGCUCCAACUACUUGGGUCGAUUGCAGCCUCUUGAGGCCCACACGGAUGACAAGAAGAAGCGAGAUAGUCGUCCAGGUGAACAAGGCACCAAGAAGCCACGCGAGUGGCCUACUGCUCGCAUCUUCAUGCGCGCGUCGACCUUCCGUCUGCCGGAGAACCCACUGACGCCUAUUAUUCUGAUCGGUCCGGGCACUGGCAUCGCCCCCAUGCGUGCGUUUCUGCACGAACGUGCCAAGCAGCAAGAAGAUGGCGUGACUGUGGGUAAAUCUAUCAUGUAUUUCGGCUGUCGACGUCGCGAUGAGGACUUUAUUUACAAAGAUGAGCUUGAGAAGUUCCAGGAGAGUGGAGUGCUUAGUGAGCUGCACUUAGCGUUCUCGCGUGAACAAGAGAAGAAGGUUUAUGUGCAGCAUUUGUUGGUGCAGAAUGGCCAGAAGAUGUGGGAACUCAUUCGUGACCAUGACGCGUACAUCUACGUGUGUGGAGCCACCGGCAUGGGCAAUGAUGUCAACAAGGUGCUGCACGAGAUCAUUGAGAAGUUCGGCGGGCAGUCGACAGACGAAGCGAUGGCUUCACUCAAGAAACUCCAGGACGACCACCGCUACGUCCAGGAGUUGUGGGCCUAGAGAAGAGAAGAGCGAUACUCAACCAGGUAACCUCACUUGGUUACGCUGGACUAGACAUGACUGUGCUAACAUUGCAGGGUUUGAUGUACAGUCUUGUUAUAUUUUUCCUUCUGGUAUUUUGUGCUUUUGUAGGUUAUCAUGGCUACAUUCAAGUGUCUGCAGUUUCUGCUGUAGGCGAGCCGUGGUCAUUAUCGUUGCCAGGUUCUUUAGAUCGUGGAGACACGAUUCGCAUCAGUGGAUUUUUCUUAAUUGUCUUUGCAUCGGUUGAACUGCCAGGAUGAUCAUUUUCUGACUCUUCAAUGCGUCCAAGAGCCGACAACUCGGACGCUUUGUGGCCCGUUAAGCUUCUGAUAGGCAACGGAGCCACCGAUGAGCCUGUCGAUCCAGCUACUUUAGUCAUCUCCGCCACCCAACUCAGUACUCUCAUGGCCAAUCUCCACUGCCGUUCGCUUCUCGGACUUCGAAGUAGUCUUGCCAGAGUGGCUUCCAGCUCUGGUACAGGUCUCCACGCUAGUUUCUCCUUCCGUCUCAAGACUUCUUGAAGCAAUUCUUCAAGCAGAACGAACACAAACUCGCAGCGAUUGUCGUUCAGAUCUGUGGCUGUCGACUCUGUACGUGGAGAUUCGGCUCUUGCAGGCAACGGUAAGCACGCUACAAGCACCUCCAGACUCAAUUUCAAGCCGUCAAACGAGUUUUCAUCCAGUUCCAAAGCGUAAAGCGCAGGGACGAAUACCGUCAUCAACGUUGAUGCUUGGAUACCAUCCCGAGUCUGGAGAAGUUCCACCAUUUGACCGCUUGGAGACGUUCCUGUAAUCUGCCACAAUACGAUCAAGUCUUCCCAAACUUCGUCAUCAUUAUUCGACGGAGUUAUCAACGCUGGCAGCAGGGCAAGUGUACAGAUUACCAGGUGCUCAUAGCUUGAUACACCAAGAAGGUCACGAGGGACAAGCAGUACUGCCUUCUGCAUCAUGUUCAUCGCUCGUGCUCUACUGUCCAUGCUUUCGCCUGCGUAUAUACAGCGUGCAAUUUCCAUCAGUACGGAGUUGUGGGCAGUAUUAGAUUCCCAUUGUGCUGGCCGCGUGCACCGGAUAACGUCCAGCACCACAGUAUGACUCGUGAAAGGUGUGCGAUCCCAG